AAAAGCCUUUCUCUCUCCUCUCUCUCUUUCUCUCUCUUCAUCAAUCAAUUCAAUUCAAUUGUGUUCUCCAAAUCUACAAUCGUAUACCUAAAACUAUACGUAUACAAAUACGUAUAGUUCCUCUGUCUUCUUCCCUCUGGUUCUCUUUCAGUCCACGUUUCUCUCUCUUCCGUUGCGCCACAUUCUCUCUCAACCUUUAUAUACAUAUAUAUGUAUGUAUGUAUCUAUAAUAUAUACUCAAUGAUUGGCAGAUUAUAGCAUAUGGAUACGGAGACAAGUGGGGAAUAGUACAUAAACGGUCAUAUUUUGGCAAAUUAUUAUUAUUGCAAAAAAAAAAAAAAAAGCUGAAACCCCUCAAAUCAGGAUUUUUUAGGGGUUCAGUUUUUAGGUUUUUUCUUCUUUGUCGAGUAAUUAUUGAUCGGAGAAAUUGGGGGUUUUUGAUUUAGUGUGAUGUUAUUGAUGAUCCAGAAUGCUGCCGACGAGGAUCUUAGGAUGGGGGUAGAUUACGUGAAAUUGGAGGAGGGUGGGGCCUGCUGUGCGGCGGAAACGCCGUCGACGUCGGGUUGUUGCGGCGGCGGCGGCGGUGGUGGCGGUGGAUGGUGGUGGUUUUUGUGGUGGUGGGCGAAGCUGGUGCUGGUAGUGUUAUUUGUUGGCGUGUUGGGUGUGGUUUUCUUCAAGUGGGUCGGACCCUUUUUCAUGGACAAGGAAAUCAUUCCGAUAAUAAUUUGGGAGAGGCAAACGUUCAGCACGGUUAUCCUAGGACUAAUAGUGGUUGGUUCUCUGACAAUAUUUCCAUCUUUUCUAUUACCUUCCACACCUUCGAUGUGGAUAGCUGGGAUGACUUUCGGUUACGGUUACGGGUUUCUACUGAUUAUCGGAGGAAUGGCUAUUGGUGUAUCUAUUCCGUAUUUCAUCGGUUCACUUUUCUACCACAGAAUCCACGUGUGGUUAGAAAGGUAUCCGAAGAGAGCUUCUAUCGUAAAACUAGCGGGUGAAGGAAGCUGUUUCAAUCAGUUUCGAGCUGUUGCUUUGAUUAGGAUUUCUCCUUUCCCGUAUGUUAUAUAUAACUACUGUGCUGUGGCUACGGAUGUGAAGUACCUUCCUUACUUGUUGGGGACGCUCGUUGGAAUUGUGCCGGAAGUAUUCGUUGCACUUUACACUGGCAUACUAAUUAAAACUUUAGCUAAUGCUUCGCACGAGGGGCGGUCCCUCUCAGCUCCACAGAUUGUUUUGAAUGCAAUUGGAUUCAGCAUUACAGUGAUUGUAACAAUUUUAAUCACACUAUACGCGAAACGGCGAAUUAAGGAACUACAGAUGCAAGAAGAGCUAUUGCUGCAGUGAAACUCUCUCGUAUUUGAAUACCUAUAAUUACAACCACCGCACAAGCUGAGCUUAUAAAAUAUACACGAUGAUUGAAGAAUUUGGAUCACUUGUGUGCAUUAAUUUAAUUCCUUGGUCACUUAUCUGUUGGAGAAUUGUCGUCUUACAUCUUCUCGCUUUGUGGGGGAAAACGGAAACGGAGUUAAGGACAGAACAGAGCUCUGAUGAAACUGACUCGAUAUAAUAGUUCAUUUCGUUGAUCGAAGAAAAAGUGAGGCCCUUUGUUUUAACUCGUUUCUUGAUUUUAUUAGUUCUUUCUUAUUCUUACAUAUGUUUCUCUAGUUAGUUAAAAUCUUCUUUGAUGCAAGAUUAACCUACUCUGAUGUUAUUAUACACAUGUUUAUGAUAUACUUGGAGCUAUGUAUAUAGGUUUUAAAUAAUAAAUAUGUUACCAAUUUA